AUGCAGCUCUACAAGUACCUCGUUCCUAUCGGGAUUCUCUUCGCCGUCAUGCUGUACGGCUCCAACAAGGCGUACCUUUACUGCAGCGUGGCGUUCUUGCAGUUCAUGAAGGAGGCGAACGUGGUGCUCGUCUUCCUCUUCUCCGCCAUGUGCGGCCUCCAGGUCGUCAACCGCCAGCGAACCUUCGUCAUCGGGUGGGUCAUCCUCGGGUCCAGCCUGUGCGUGUCCGGCGAAUUGAACUUCGUGUUCAUCGGGUUCUUGAUUCAGGGCUUUUCGCAGUUUGCGGAAUGCAUGCGUGCUGUGAUUGCCGAGCUCGUGCUGACGGGUAACGAUUUCAAGCUCGACCCCUUGAGCUACACGAUGUUCAUGGCGCCCGUCUGCCUCCUGGUGCUCAUCAUCGGCAACGCUAUCAUCUGGGAGCAUUCUGUCAUUGAAGAUUUGGCGGUGUGGUGGCCGUACCUCAUCCCCAACGCUUGCAUCGCCUUCUGUCUCAAUAUCACGAUUGCGCAAGUCAUCAAGGAGACCUCCGCCGUCGGCUUCAUUAUUACAGGCGUCGUCAAGGACAUCUGCCUGGUGGUGUUUUCCUCUGUCGCCUUUCACGACAUGAUUACCAUGAAGCAGUGGGUCAGCUUUACCGUGACCCUGAGCGGCGUCUUUUUCUGGUCAUUCAUGACGAAGUUUCCCAAUCACCAGCUUGUGGGCAGCUUCGAGAGGAUGCUCGGUGUGGGCUGGGGGCCCUAUCCUGGGGCUUCGCUCGGCACCAAGAAGGGCCUCGACGAGACCGAGCCGCUUAUCGCCGCGAAGAAGCCUUAA